AUGGCGCUUGACGUGCAUAUGUUCGAAGCUUUAAACCCUUCUCGUUUCAUAUCAUUCUCUUUUCCUAAUCCAUGUAACUCGCGUUCUUCUCUCCGGAUCGCCGUCCUUGAUUCGCCGAUCCAACCCACCCAUUCCCCUUCCGUCGCCGCCAUGUUCGUUCCCCCGGGCCUUGAAACCGAUUGGAUUUUUUCCACGGAAUCUGGACACUAUCACCUUCUAUUCGAUUCCCCUGGAAUUUCACGCUUGAUUCUAGUCGGAGAUCAAGAACCGGUGGCUGGCCUUGAUUCUCUUCCAAUCUACAAUCGUCAGGAUUCGGCUUCGACCUGGAGUCGGCUAGUGGUGAGUUUACAGCCACUUCUUCUUGCUUUAUUCCCAAAAUCAUGUUUCAAAAAUGGAAUUCCUGAAGUUCCAAUUCUUAGUUUCGUCGAUAACGUUAUACGUAGGGUAGUUUUAGAGAGAUGUAUUGGUUCUUCCGUUGGUGAAUUUCUGGUUGAGAAUGUGGAAAUCGAGAGAAAAUCAUUCGAAACUAGGGAAUUUAGGAGACGAUUGAGGUUCAAAAGGAUGCCGAACUUGAUUCAAACAGAAAUUCGUCUGAUUCCCGAGGCCAAUCUUAAUUUAGAUGACGUUGAAAUUCAAAACAUGCAGUUCAAACCAGAUACUAGGGUUUUGGUUCAUCCUUACUUACCUCCAAUGGCCGCAAGCCUUUCAUUGAUUGCCUCCUCCAUUGACAAACAGAUUCAAACUGGCCAUAGACCGAAAGCCCUGUGUGUUGGAGUUGGUGGUGGAGCUCUGCUUUCCUUCCUUGCAACCCAUUUAGAUUUUGAAGUUAUGGGUGUAGAAAUGGACAUGGAGGUUCUCAGAGUUGCACAACAGUAUUUUGGAUUGGUAGAUAAUGAAUUUCUUCACAUCUCCAUUGGAGAUGCUACUGAAUUUCUUCAAAAUGCUUCAAAGUCCGUCAAGAAACAGAAGUGUGAAUCGUUUGGUGUUCACAUGUCUUCUUUGUAUGAUGUAAUCAUGUUUGAUUUGGAUUCAAGUGAUGCUCGAAACGGCAUAAGUUCGCCACCACUGGAGUUUGUUGGGAGAGAUGUUCUUUUGAGUGCUAGAUCAGUUCUUUCUGAACAUGGGAUUCUUAUAGUGAAUGUGAUUCCUCUUGAUAAAUUCUUCUUUGAUGCAUUGAUAAAUGAAUUCAGAUCCAUUUUUGAUGAUUUGUUUCAGAUAGAUGUUGAUAAUGGUGAAAACUUUGUUGUCAUUGCUUCUGUUUGUUCAAUCAAGUCUUUUCCUAACGUUACAAAGAAAGAGAUGAACAGCUUUUCAUCUAGAUUGAGAUCAUUCCUCUCAGGAGCAUACAUGGACUCCAUAAAAAGGAUAUGA